AUUAUUUAAUUUUGCAGUUUUUCAAGUAAAUCCAUGACGGUAAUUCUCUAUUCCUAACUAUAAAUACAUGGAUUGAAGAUCUCUAUUUCCAAUUUCUUUGACAGAUGACAGCAAAACUAGAUAAAAGAUGUUGGAUUGUGACGAAUCUCUGAUAAAUUUAGAUCAGAUUUCAAAGGAUUUGGAAGAGAUUGAACUGAAAUAUUCGCCGAAGGCUGCGAGUAAGCAGUUUGAAGUGCCAGCAUGUUUGGAAGAAAAUUUAAUUGUAUUGUCCAAGGAAUUGGACUCGUUAGGUUUACCUAUAGUAAAAUUAGAAGGUUCUGUGACUGAUCUUCUUCAGCAAGUUGUUAAAAGUAGCAGAGGUUUAGUACAUAUACACCGGAAUGCUUUAAGCCAAAUUAAAAACCAAAAUCUCGAAAAAAAAGCCAAAGAUCUCAAAAAUAAUCAAGCCUACGGUCAGUUAGAUAGAUAUAAGGAACAUUUAGAAAAAUCACAAGAAAAUUCUGUAACUUUAAAAAACGAAAUUUUCAAACUGGAAAGAAAAAUUAGAGAGCUUUCCAAAAAAGAAUGCGACUCUAAAGAUGAAAUUAAAAGACUGAAACUGUGGUAUAUAUCAAAACAAAACGAGCUGGAACAUAAUAUAAGAAAAUUAAACAUGGAAAAUGAACGUUUGAAGGAGAUGUUUAACCAGGACAUUGUUACGGAUAGUUCUAGAAAUAGUGUUGCACUCAGUUUACUAAAGAAAUAUAGAGUUAACGAAGAAAUAUAUAAAACUACUAUUAAAAAACUUCAAGAGAAUAAUAGGGAACUUUUAGAGGAAGUGUUAAACUUAAAAGAAGAACUUGUGUUAGAUGGGUUCAAGAAAUAACUAAAAUAUAUUCGUUAUAUGGUUUAAUAAGUGCCUUUAAAUAUAUUUUUAUAUUUU